GUUCGGUUCAUUCCCUGCAUUCAGUGCGACGUUCCUCACGAGUCACUAACAGUUUAAGAUGGCGACCGUACAUCUGAGGAUCGGGGAUUUGGUUUGGGGCAAGCUUGGACGCUAUCCUCCUUGGCCAGGAAAGAUCGUCAGUCCACCGAAGGACCUGAAAAAGCCAAGAGGCAAAAAAUGCUUUUUCGUCAAGUUUUUUGGAACUGAAGAUCAUGCCUGGAUAAAAGUAGAACAGCUGAAGCCUUACCACCCCCACAAAGAGGAGAUGAUCAAGAUAAACAAAGGCAAGCGCUUCCAGCAGGCUGUUGAUGCAGUUGAGGAGUACCUGAAGAAAGCCAAGGGGAAAGAUCAGACACACUCUGAUGAUAAAAGCAAAUCUGAGAAAGGGCGUAAAACAGCUAAACCAAUGAAGAUUAUCGAAGAGGAUGACGAAGAUGCCUUCAAGGGUGGCUCAUCGGACAAGGAACAGACUGAUUCUGACCCAGAGCCAUCCUCUGUACAACGGCGGGUCGCUGGAACAGUAUCAGGAUUCAAAUGGGAGAGCAGUCCAGUAAAGGAUGACCCACAUUUCCAUCACUUUCUGCUUAGCCAGUCUGAGAAGCCGGCUUCAUCAAUGGAGCCCAUCACCAAACGCUUAAAGAUUGUCGAGGAGGACACAGGAUCAACGUCUAUUCAGGCAGCAGACAGCACAGCCAUCAACGGCAGCAUCACACCUACAGACAAAAGGAUAGGGUUCCUUGGACUGGGCCUGAUGGGAAGUGGUGUGGUUUCUAAUCUGUUGAAGAUGGGGCAUGUUGUGACAGUUUGGAAUCGCACAGCAGAAAAACAGUGUGAUUUGUUCAUCCAAGAGGGUGCCAGGUUAGGACGAACACCUGCUGAGGUUGUGUCCAUGUGUGAUAUUACAUUUUCCUGUGUCUCAGACCCAAAAGCUGCCAGAGAUCUGGUUUUAGGUCCUAGUGGAGUGCUACAGGGAAUCCGACCAGGCAAAUGUUACGUGGAGAUGUCCACUGUUGAUCCAGAAACCAUCAUCGAGCUCGCACAGGUCAUCACAUCCAGAGGUGGCAGAUUCCUGGAAGCUCCAGUUUCAGGCAGCCAGCAGCUUUCCAAUGACGGUAUGCUGGUCAUUGUUGCUGCAGGAGACCGCAGCGUAUAUGAAGACUGUAGCAGCUGCUUCCAAGCAAUGGGGAAGACAUCUUUCUUUAUAGCAGGGGAAGCAGGAAAUGCCACAAGAAUGAUGCUGAUCCUUAACAUGGUUCAAGGCAGUUUCAUGGCAACCAUCGCAGAGGGACUGACUUUGGCGCAGGCCACACGACAGUCACAGCAGACGUUUUUGGAUAUUCUUUGCCAAGGACAAAUGGCAAGCACUUUUGUGGACCAGAAAUGCCAGAAUAUCUUGCAGGGCAACUUCAAACCUGAUUACUACCUGAAACAUAUUCAGAAAGAUUUGAGAUUAGCCAUUUCAAUGGGAGAUUCGGUUAAUCACCCGACACCAAUGGCUGCAGCUGCAAAUGAGGUAUACAAGAGGGCAAAAGCAUUGGACCAGUCAGACAAUGACAUGUCUGCAGUCUACAGAGCUUACAUUCACUAAUUGAUGUGCUCUACGUCCUGGACCAUAAACCUCACCUCUCUGUUUGUUUCUCUCCCCCUCACUUUCCUCCUCUCUUGCUGAUGAAUUUUGUUGGGCACCAGUGAUGUUUUCCCAUGUGUAAUGGGAUCUCUUUAGCAGCCUAAUCUGAGCAUUGCACUGACUAUUAUAUCUGCACGUAUGCCUAACGGGAGGCGAUUCUUCUCCACGCAUUGAUUAUUUUAUUAUAGAAUGUGCAGUUUAAUCUGACCGAGGCUACUGCGUACAAUGCAGUCUUGUUUGAAAAGGCUAGGGUUUUAUUUAUCGUUCAUAUCUAAAAUUCCCUCAGUGUAGUUUCCCCAUGUUCAGAAAUCCGUAAAGAAGCUUGAAGAGCACGAAGAUGAAAAGCCACUGCAUUGCCUUAAUACCCAUAUAUGAGAGAUGUAUUUAUUUAUUUUAUCGCCAUCCUUUCAGGCGCAUUUUGGCCGUACGUUGUAUUCUCUUGUUUGCUCUCAUUUUUGAAAGUCACUGGUUAUUUAGCAACCUAAAAGUUUUUUUUUUUACGUUGGCCUUGUUAAAAUCCCACAUAAGAUCCUGAAACGAUAUAUUAUUUAGAAUAAAGUAUUCAUGCUGAAAAGCAUGCAAUAGUUUUCCUCAAGUAUUGAACCAUAACUCUAAAUUAUGCAGUGGAGUUUGUGUUAUAAUAUGAAGAUCUCUCAACUGGGAUGUGGAAAAACAAGCAUUUGGAAUCAUUUUCUUUUACUUUGUUCAUUUGAAACUUUUUAAAACUUUUAAAUUGGCCCUUAUAAAUGCUAAUGUGUUCUUUGCACAGCUGACGGGAUGAUCUGUUGCCUUAAUUUGAUUUUCUUUUGUCCGAUUAGUUUGAAAGAGUAAUUGACUGUUGCAGACAUUUUAGUUUAACCACCCUUACGGCUUGAAGAAAAACAAAGUUUGAAGUUAAAUGAAUAUUAAAAAUGCAACAUUUUAUCCCUAAAUUAUAAUGGAUUCACGCAUUUAUUUUAAUGUUCAGCAUCGGACCAUGUAUUCAGUGGCAUAUAAUUUGGACAAAAUACAGGGUGAUUUCUACAAACUCUUGUUCUGCCAAAAAAAAUUGAAGUGCUUGAUGGUGGGUCAUAAAAUAUUGGUUAUUAAGGACUCUGUAAGAUUAAGACAUUGUAUAUAUUCCAUCGAAGGGUUGGGUUAUUUGAAUACAUGCUUUCAGUUUGACUCUACUGAAUUUAUUAAUCAUCUGGUAUCUUAAUAUUGUAGGUUGUUCUGUUGUUUUAGCUAAUGGAUUUAUUUACUGUAAAUGGUUUAUUGGUUUUGUGGCUUAAACAGUUGAUAAUGACAUAUUGACAACUUGAUUCUAGUUGUGCAAGGAAGGAAUUGGUGUUAUAAUUGGAGUUAUUUAUAAUUUCAUGUAAAUGUGAAAUUUCAUUUUUCUUUUGUUUGUGCGGUUAGCUGAACCCUCUGAAUAAACAAUCCGAAAGUCCAA